CCUGGCGGAGGGCCCGCCCUGUGCCCCGAGCCGGGGAGCGGAGAAGAGUAAAUACAACAGGAGUGCAAAAUGGCGGAGCCCCCGAGUCCGAUACGCGGCUCCGUCGCCACCGCCGCCGCCGUUUCCGUCUCGGAGAAAGAGCCGCUGAGCAGGCUGCAUUCUUCUUCCCGGGAUGCACUAGGUUCCCUGUCCGCCAAGAAGGUCCGGACCGAGGAGAAGAAGACGCCGCGGAGGGUGAACGGGGAAGGGAGCAGCAGCGGCGGGAGCAGCAGGCAGCCGCCAGCGGCACCUUCGCCUCAGAGCUACGGCAGCCCGGCGCCGUGGAGCCUUGCCGCCCUCUCCGCCGUCCCCUCGUCCUCCUCUCGGGGCUGUGUGUCCUUCUCCCCGGGCGCGGCCGUCUCCGCCGCAGCCUCCGCUUCGCUGUCUCUGCCGGCGCCGCGCGCCCUGCUGGUGCCCCCGGCGCUGCUGCACGCCCCGCCGCCCCGUCUCCUGCUGCCGCCCGCCGCCCCAGCCGCCCCGGCCGCCGCCAAGCCGCGCAGACCCAAGGAGAAGCGCGAGAAGGAGCGGCGCAGGCACGGGCUCGGCGGGGCCGCCCGCGAGGAGAACGGGGAACUGAAGCCGCUGCCGCGAGAUAAAGUCAAGGAAAAAAUUAAAGAGAGAGACAAAGAAAAAGAAAGAGAGAGAAAGAAACAUAAAGUAAUGACUGAGAUAAAGAAAGAGAAUGGAGAAGUAAAAAUUUUGCUAAAAAGUGGGAAGGAGAAACCAAAAACAAAUGCAGAAGACUUACAAAUUAAAAAGGUAAAGAAGAAAAAGAAAAAGAAACACAAAGAAAAUGAAAAACGAAAACGUCCAAAAAUGUAUAGCAAAUCUAUUCAGACCAUCUGUUCAGGAUUACUGUCUGAUGUUGAAGAUCAAGAAACCAAAGGCAUCCUGAGUGAUACCAUAAAGGAUUGCAUUGGAAAGAAUUUGGAUACCAAGAACUACGAUUCUAAAAUUCCAGAGAACAGUGAGUUUCCAUUUGUCUCAUUAAAGGAACCACGAGUUCAGAAUAGCCUCAAAAGGUUGGACACUUUGGAAUUUAAGCAGCUUAUUCAUAUUGAGCACCAGCCUAAUGGAGGAGCAUCAGUUAUCCAUGCUUACAGUAACGAACUCUCCCGCCUAUCUCCUAUGGAGAUGGAGAGGUUUGCAGAAGAAUUUGUGGGUCUAGUGUUCAGUGAAAAUGAAAACUCUGCAGCUUUCUAUGUUAUGGGUAUUGUUCAUGGGGCAGCUACUUAUUUACCUGACUUUUUAGACUACUUUUCAUUUAAUUUUCCCAAUUCACCAGUGAAAAUGGAAAUAUUGGGAAAGAAAGAUAUAGAAACAACGACUAUGUCAAAUUUUCAUGCUCAGGUAAAAAGAACGUAUUCUCAUGGUACUUACAGAGCUGGCCCAAUGCGACAAAUAAGUUUGGUGGGAGCAAUUGAUGAAGAAGUAGGAGAUUACUUCCCUGAGUUCCUUGACAUGUUGGAAGAUUCGCCAUUUUUAAAAUGUACAUUGCCAUGGGGGACACUUUCUAGUCUACAGUUAGAGAAUCGCAAAGAUAGUGAUGAUGGUCCCAUCAUGUGGGUACGUCCAGGAGAACAAAUGAUCCCUGUGGCUGAUAUGCCAAAGUCACCCUUCAAAAGGAAAAGAACUACCAAUGAAAUAAAAAACCUUCAGUAUCUACCUCGAACCAGUGAGCCUCGGGAGAUGCUCUUUGAAGACAGGACAAGAGCACAUGCAGAUCAUAUAGGACAAGGUUUUGAACGACAGACUACAGCUGCUGUUGGUGUGCUGAAGGCUGUGCACUGUGGAGACUGGCCUGAUCAACCCCGAAUAACCAAAGAUGUAAUAUGUUUUCAUGCUGAAGAUUUCUUAGAAGUAGUUCAACGAAUGCAGUUAGAUUUACAUGAACCUCCACUGUCUCAGUGUGUCCAGUGGGUUGAUGAUGCAAAACUUAAUCAACUGAGGAGGGAAGGCAUUCGCUAUGCCAGGAUUCAGCUGUAUGAUAAUGAUAUUUAUUUUAUUCCAAGGAAUGUUGUUCAUCAGUUCAAGACUGUUUCAGCUGUAUGCAGUUUAGCUUGGCAUGUUCGACUCAAAUUAUAUCAUUCUGAGGAGGAUACGUCUCAGAAUGCAGUUACUCAUGAAACAGGCAUAUCACCAGAUCCCACAUCAUCAGUUCUUGGAACUCACACUGACAACAUGAUUUGUGCUGUAAGCAAAACCUCGUUGGAUUCUGUUCUUUCAGACAAAGUUCAUUCUAAAUAUGAUUUACAACAUCUUAGACAUGAACCAGUUGCAUCUGUGAGAAUCAAGGAAGAAGCGGUGAAUGUAACUAUUUCUGAAAAGACUAGAGCAUUGAAUAAUAUGGAUGGCAAGAAUGUUAAGGCAAAAUUGGAUCAUGUUCAAUUUACAGAAUUUAAGAUCAACGUGGAUUCUAAAUUUGAAAAUAGUAAAGAAUUAAAGGAAGAAUUGUGCCCUAGAAGUCUUACAAGUCUAGCUGACACAAGGCAACACAGCUCUAUACACUCAAAUCAAGAUAGAAAAGAUGACAUUUUGUACUAAAUUUUGUAUAUAAUAUUAAUUUUUUAAAUACUGUAAUAAAGAUUCAUGAAAUCUGAAAGCAAGCUCAGGACUUGCUCUCAAGUCUGUUACAAAAUAUAGUUUAUGUAGCUUUGUAACAUUCCUCAGUGCCUGUCCCUAACUGUGAAGUAUCAAGCACUUAAGGCCAGAUGCACUGUAACAUUGCAGGCUUAAACAUAAAGGAGUCUUUAAAAAAAUCAUUUGAGUUGGAAUUAUAGGUUUUAGAAUAGAAAUGACAUUUACACACACACACACACACACACACACACAUUUUGUAAUAUGAGCCAGAAUUCUUUUUUGACAAUUUAAAGGUUUGCCAUAGAGCUUAUUUAUAUCAGUUUUUGUUUUUCAUUUAAAAUAUGUCAGCACUGUAGUGUAAAUAGCUUUUUAAAAAUCUUUUUAGUGUAAUUUAUACUGAAAUGUGAGCCCCUUAAUAAAGGUUCAUAAUAAUAUGUAUUUUGUUGGGUCUGCAAAGACAAAAUUCAGCUAAAUCAUGUUUGAUAUGCUUCUCUUUGCUGGUGUAUAUAUACAUAGAUAUAUAUGUAUGUGUAUGUAUAUAUAUACAUAUAUGUAUAUGUAU